AUGCGGCAGUUUCUCCGGUGCCGACGGUCCCCGUGUCCGCUCGUCUGGUUCGCCUUGGUCUCGACGGCUCUCCUGGGAUGCUGGGGCGAGAACUCUGGGGCGCCGCCGAACGCGCGAGCGACGAGGCGGCGGGUCUCAGCCCGUUCCGCCUCCGCGGCCAACUUCCCCUUUUUUUACGCACUCGCGGAGUCUACCGACGCUCUGUGUAGAGCUGGAGAAGAGGCUCUCGACGCCGAGCUUUUUCCAGACAAACAGCGUGGCUCGGGUUGUCGGCAGUUCGCCGGCGAGACGGAAAGGAUAGCCCGCUCAGGCGGUGCCGUUGAGGAUGCAAACUCCGCGGAUGUUCUGCGCAUUCCCUUUUGGGUGAUGCCGCAGAAUGUCGGAGACGAACGUCCUCGAGGAGACAGGCGGUUGCACGCGUCGCGCGGCCCGCUGAGGCAUCUGUUUCUGUUCUCGAGAAGAGACCCGAGGCUAUCUGUCGGUGCGUCGGACGCUCCUGCCGGCUCGUUUCUCCUCUCCUCGUCCGUUUCGUCGUAUCUCUGGACACUCCUGUCUCCCCUUCCGCCUCUGGUUCCCGACGUCCAACUGUACAACCUGCCUUUGCGUCCCGCAGGCUGUGUUCUGCUUCCUCUCCAUUCCUUCUUCCUCUCCCCCAACGCGCGGUACGGGUUCAAGGAAUCCCAUCUCGGCUCCGCCCCCGUCGACGACCUGCACGUGCGGGUUUACGGCAAAGCGGAGAUUUGUAGAGCUGCGGCGGAGGCGGCGCGCGCCGAGAUGCUGAACAGGUGCGCAGAGGAACUCGAGGAGGGAGACUGCGGCGGCGCACAUGGACGAGAUGAAGCUGAAGCGACAGGCGAAGAGACCGGUCGGGAUUUAUCAGCCUCACAGAAACGGGAACUCGUCGCGUGGCUUGGCACCGAGUGCGCGCCGUUCCUAGCUGCUCCAGAUGCGGCCUUUAUCCCUAGACAGACCGAUCCUGAGACCCGAAACCGUGUGCCUUCCUCUACGCAUAAGCCGACGUCUUUUCAGUGGCCAGAACUCGUCGGGAGUCUCGCCGGGCGUUUUCAAAGCGCCUACGCUGCCGCCAUCGACGCGGUUCUCCCCUGGACGUUCACCACGGACGCCGGCGGGCGAUUGUUCAACGCAGCGGCACCGACAACCCCUUUGGUUCCGUUCUUUUUCUCGCCGUCUUCUCUCAGCCAGACCGGCGAGGCUCGGAGCUCUUCUCUCGCUGGCGGCGAGGACUCGACGCCUCGCAUGCCGGCAGAAACAACAGAUUCUUUCGCAGGUUUCCUUGUCGAAGUGUGCGCUGCCACGCGAGGGCGAUCGUUUGACCCACGGCACUUGCGUCUUCCGUUCCUUUUCAAUUUGGUGUUUCUCGAGUAUCCCUGCGGCGUGGCGCCUGUCGUCUUUACUCUUGUUGAAUCCGUUCUCGUCGCGCUCGUGCUUGCGGCACUGGCUCUAGCGUGGAUACAAGCCGAUUCCUCCACAACCACUGGCCCAGGCCCUGCUGCGAUAUCCAGUGUUUUCUUCUGCGGCGAUCUCCGGUCGUCGAAUGCCCCUGUCCGUGAACGUUUGCUCGAGACUUCUUGGCCGACGAUCCACACAGGCGAGCGGAGCGUUCGCGCCUUCUUACGGUUUCAUGCUCCUCUCACUUCUCCCGCUGGCGAGAUGAAGACAAUAUCGCCUUCCGGAACUGUGCCCCAACUGGGACGGGUGGCCAUUGUGUUUUCGGCCUGCGUCUUCUCGGUGGGUUCUCCGUCCCUGCCGCAAGGUUCGCCGACGGUGCUCCUCGCGCGCGCCGCCGAUUUUUCUCGUUUGCCGGUGGUCGUCACCAACCGGCGGCCCCACGUCGUUGGAGCGCCCUAUUCACUGGAAGACCCGCCCUACCACCCAGUUCAGGCGGUCGAUUUCGAAGGACAAGGGACAGUCACCUACGCAGACCUGACGCAGGAGGAAAAUGAGGCCGUGUCCGUGUCCCCAGUGUCUCGCGUCCGGCGAAAUUUCGCGGGCCCCAGUGACGACGGACUCGGCCAGGAUGCGGCGCUCCGCGCGGGGGAGCAGGGGGAAACUCCCUCGCGCGAGUCCGACAGAAAGCUUCAGAGACCGACAGCGAGACGCAGGACACAUUACCGCGCUGCGGCAGGCGUCGCGGUGGGGAUCUCGUUGACUGCAGUCGUCAUAGGGUCCCUUUUUGCAAUGGUGAUGCAACGCUUGGACGCGCAGCACCGACGCUUGGAGGAGCAGCAUGCGCGGGAUCACGCAGCAGCCCUAGAAGCUGAGAAUACCGCCGCGCCGCAGGAAGACCCCGGUAUGGGGGCGUUCUUGGCACAGAUCGGUCGUGAAGUCGUGAAGGAUCUAGCCGCUGAGGCGAUUGUUAGGAGCAUCUUUGGAACACCGUACACCCCGAGGAUCGUCAUUCGCGGCAGGACUUGGCGCGAUGAAUACCACCUCGGUAUCGCGAACCUGCUCGUGGUUAUGGGCAUCCUCCUCCGCCUUGCAAGUUACGUGGCGUUUUCCGCCUCCGACACGUUUGAGUGA